UUCCUUCAAGUCUUCAGCCAUUUCUCUCUCACCCCCUUCUCUUCUUUCCCCCUCUCUAUGUACCUUAUCGUCCUCACGUUCUCACUUUAUCGUUUCACACAGAUUUCUUUUUCCCCUUGUAGCCUAGAAAGCGAGGGAAACUGGAGGUAGGAAGACGGAGGUUUUGUGUCUCUUCUAUGGCGGCGUCUCCCCGGAGUGGAAUCUAGGGUGCGGCGGAAACCCUAGGCUAGAAAGAAGGGGAAGUAGAAGGCGGAGGACUUAGUUUUUUGUGGAUUUGAGUUUUAUUGACCGAAAAGCUAGGGCACGGUGUCUCUCUGUGGAUCUGAUUCGAUCUCGGUGUGGAAGCUCUGGGAAUCGGCUUUGUGAGUAGUGGUUUUGUGGUUGUGGGAUUUUGGAAAUCCUAGAUUUGGGUCGGGGUUGUGUGGUUGGCUGAUUAGGUUGGGGGCGGGGCUGCCCAUGCGAUUUACUGGGUUUUCAUGCCGCCAGAACCACUGCCUUGGGAUCGGAAGGACUUCUUCAAGGAGAGGAAGCACGAGAGGUCGGAGUCUUUAGGGUUCUCUGCAAGAUGGAGGGACUCGCAUCAGGGUUCUCGGGAGUUUGCUCGUUGGGGAUCGGCGGACGUUCGCCGCCCUCCAGGCCAUGGCAAGCAAGGAGGCUGGCACAUCUUUCCUGAAGAAUCAGGCCAUGGGUUUGUACCUUCCCGGUCUAGUGAUAAGAUGGUAGAAGACGAAAAUUCUAGGCCAUUCACAACUCGUGGAGACGGGAAUGGAAAAUACAGCCGGAACAACAGGGAAAUUAGAGGAUCUUUUAGCCAGAAAGAUUGGAAAGGUCAUCCUUUGGAAACAGGCAAUGCAUCUCCAAACAUGUCGGGAAGGUCUCUUGCUAUAAAUGAUCAGAGGUCAGUCGACGAUAUGCUAAUUCAUUCUGAUUUUGUAAACGGAUGGGAUCAACUUCAGUUGAAAGACCAACAUGAUAAGAUGGGUAGUGUCAAUGGGUUAGGCACAGGACAGAGAGCUGAGAGAGAGAACUCGUUGAGCUCUAUUGAUUGGAAGCCUCUAAAAUGGACUCGGUCUGGAAGCUUGUCUUCACGGGGUUCUGGUUUCAGCCAUUCAAGUAGCUCGAAGAGCAUGGGGGUAGAUUCUAAUGAAGCCAGAGGAGACUUGCAGCCCAGAAAUGUGACCCCCGUCCAGUCUCCUUCAGGGGAUGCUGUUGCCUGUGUGGCAUCUACUGCACCAUCAGAAGAGACUUCUUCUAGGAAGAAGCCACGUCUUGGAUGGGGGGAGGGGCUGGCAAAGUACGAGAGGAAGAAGGUUGAAGGUCCGGAUGAAAGUGUGAACAAAAAUGGCAUUGUCUUCUGCACCAGUAAUGGAGAGUCUACACAUUCUCUCAACUCAAACUUGGCUGACAAGAGCCCUAGAGUUAUGGGUUUCUCAGAUUGUGCAUCUCCGGCAACUCCAUCUUCUGUUGCUUGUAGUUCUUCACCAGGUAUGGAGGACAAAUCAUUUAGCAAGGCUGGAAAUGUUGAUAAUGAUACUAGUACUUUAAGUGGUUCUCCUGGUCUUGUGUCUCUGAAUCAUCUUGAUGGAUUCUCUUUUAUUUUAGAGAGUUUGGAGCCUAAUCAAAUAGCUAAUUUGGGGUUUUCGCCUAUUGAGUUGCUGCAAUCUGAUGAUCCAAGUUCAGUGGAUUCUAAUUUUAUGAGAUCUACUGCAAUGAGUAAGUUGCUAAUAUGGAAAGGUGAUAUUUCAAAGUCCCUGGAGAUGACUGAAUCUGAAAUUGAUUCACUUGAAAAUGAACUUAAGUCAUUGAAAUCUGGGUCUGGAAGCAGUUGUCCUUGCCCAGCAGCUUCUAGCUCAUUUCCUGUGGAAGGUAAAGCAAAACCUUGUGAAGAGCAAGGAGCUGCCUCCAACCUAAUCCUUAGGCCUGCUCCAUUGCAAAUUGUUCCGCCUGGUGAUAUGAUGACAGAUAAAACACUACUUGGUAGUGAUGCCAUGGAAGAUGCUCAUGCUGAAGUUAAAGAUGAGGAUAUUGAUAGUCCUGGAACUGCUACAUCAAAAUUUGUUGAACCACCAUGUUUGGUGAAGACCGCUUCUCCAUCUGAUAUGGUGAUACAAGGUGAAUGUUCUGGGAAUAUGAAAAUAACAAGGUCCACAAACAUGGAAGUUGAACUUUUGGUCUCUGGUCCAAAUGUGGAAGAGACAGGCAUAUCUACUAGUGGAGGUGAUAGCAGGUUGCUUGUUGAGAGUAAAACUGGUGCCCCUGUUUCAGGUGACAUGGGUGUACUUGAUGAUGAGGAGGAUAAGAUAUAUAAUUUAAUAUUGGCUUCCAAUAAGGAUUGUGCAAAUAGAGCUUCUGAAGUAUUUAAUAAGCUAUUGCCACAGAAUCAGUGUCAAAAUGAUAUUUUAGGAGCUGCCAACUUCGCAUGCAGACAGAAUGAUUCAUUGAUUAAACAAAAAUUUGCAAUGAGAAAGCGGUUCUUAAGAUUCAAGGAGAAAGUUAUUACCCUUAAGUUUAGAGUCUCUCAGCAUGUGUGGAAGGAAGAUAUGCGCUUGCUUUCUAUUAGGAAAUAUCGUGCAAAAUCUCAAAAGAAGUUUGAAUUAAGCUUGAGGACAUCACAUUGUGGGUAUCAGAAGCAUCGGUCUUCCAUUCGCUCUCGCUUCUCGUCUCCUGCAGGGAAUUUGAGUCCUGUCCCUACAGCUGAGAUGAUAAAUUAUACAAGCAAGAUGCUUUCCGAAUCCCAGAUGAAGCUUUGCAGGAACAUAUUGAAGAUGCCAGCUUUGAUCUUGGAUAAGAAGGAAAAGACAGCAUCAAGAUUUAUUUCUAGUAAUGGAUUAGUUGAAGAUCCAUGCGCUGUUGAGAAUGAAAGGACUAUGAUCAACCCUUGGACAGCAGAAGAGAAGGAAAUUUUCAUGGAUAAGUUGGCCAUCUUUGGGAAAGAAUUCAAAAAGAUUGCUUCUUUCCUUGAUCACAAGACUACUGCUGAUUGUGUCGAAUUCUACUAUAAAAACCACAAAUCAGAUUGUUUUGAGAAAACAAAGAAGAAGCUAGAGCUUAGAAAGCAAGGGAAGUCCUUAUCUGCAACUACCUACUUGGUGACAUCAGGGAAAAAAUGGAAUCGUGAGAUGAAUGCUGCCUCCCUUGAUAUGCUGGGUGCAGCUUCAGUGAUGGCAGCUCGUGCUGGUGACAGUAUGGAAAAUCUGCAGACUUGCCCUGGAAAGUUCCUUUUAGGAGCUCACCAUGACUAUAGAACACCACAUGGUGACAAUGGUGUCGUAGAACGGUCUAGCAGUUAUGAUAUUAUUCGUAAUGAGAGGGAAACUGUGGCUGCUGAUGUUUUGGCUGGUAUCUGUGGUUCCCUGUCAUCAGAGGCAAUGAGUUCUUGUAUCACAAGUUCUCUUGAUCCUGGAGAAGGAUAUCGUGAGUUGAGGCAAAAAGUGGGUUCUGGAGUGAAACGGCCUUUGACUCCUGAGGUUACACAGAGUAUUGAUGAGGAGACCUGUUCCGAUGAGAGUUGUGGAGAGAUGGAUCCUGCUGAUUGGACGGAUGAGGAGAAAUGUAUCUUUGUGCAGGCAGUAUCAUCCUAUGGUAAGGAUUUUGCAAAGAUAUCACGAUGUGUCAGAACAAGGUCCAGGGAUCAAUGCAAGGUCUUCUUUAGCAAGGCUCGUAAGUGCCUUGGAUUAGAUCUGAUACAUCCUGGGCCUAAUGUAGGAACACCAGAGAGUGAUGAUGCCAAUGGAGGAAGUGACACAGAAGAUGCCUGUGUUGUGGAAGCCGGCUCAGUUAUCUGCAGCAAUAAAUCAGGCUCUAAGAUGGAAGAGGACUCACUGUUGUCUGUUUUGAACAUAAACCCCGACGAGUCUGACUUUUCAGGGAUGAAGAAUCUGCAGACUGACCUUAACAGGUCAUAUGAGAACAAUGGAAUUGGACGAGUGGAUCAUAAAGAUGAUGAGACUGUUACUAAUUUGGUUUCUGAUAAAUGUCAUCAGCUGGAAAAAACUGAGCAAGUUUUUGGAGACAGCAAGUCAUUGAAUGGCAUUGACAGCAAGUCUCUAACAUUGCACGUAGAGAAAAAUGGGCCUUGCACAAAAAUGGAAAUGGAUCAAGAAUCUGUGUCUGCUGUAGAGGCAACCGACCCCUCUGACAGAUCAAAUGCUGUAUCGCAGGCUGAAGAUUUGACUGAAGGGAAUCUGUUAUCUGAAACUAGUUUGAAUGUGAGAAGAGAAGAAAAUAAUGAUGCAGAUACAAGUGCCCAAAUGUCCUUAAAAUGUACUGUGAAAGAUUCAGAAGUAAAGGAAAAUGCAUUGCACCAGGUUGCCAAUUCAACUUCUUGUCCAAGAUUCAUUUUUAACUCUGGAUGCCGAGAUCAAGUUUCUGUGGAGUUGGAUAACCAGAAGCCUGGAGUCAUCUCAUUGCUGCAGGAGAGUUCUCUUAUGGCUGAAGAUUCUGUUGUACCAAAAGAUUCUUCAGUCAUUCAGUAUGAGAAAACCCUUGAUCAAGGUAUGUCUCCUUCAACUCUUGAUUUGAAAGAGACAAAGGAUAAGAAGAAAUCUAUUGGUGUGGAUGAAUAUCACCAGCAUCUGUCAGGACAUUCUUUAUUGAACAAUGCAGUCAAUGCUGAAUUGUCCCAGAAGGUUGGGGGCUGUCCAUUGCAGACACCCCCAAAGGAAGAUAUGAAUCGGGAUCUCAGUUGCAAAAAUCCUUCUACUGCUGCUGGAAGGCUCUCUAAGUUGGACAGGGAUAUUCAAUCCAGUCACUCUUUAGCACAAGAUUGCUAUCUUCAGAAAUGUAAUGGUUCAAAAUCUCACAGUUUGGGGACUGAGCUUCCUUUCCUAUCACAGAGUCUAGAACGAACAAGCAACCAAACAAGAGCCCAUGGGCGUAGUUUGUCCGAUACAGAGAAAACAAGCAGGAAUGGUGAUUUUAAACUGUUUGGUAAGAUUCUCAGCCACCCUCCUUCUCUGCAGAACCCAAAUUCCUGUAGCAAUGAGAAUGAUGAUAAGGGGGCCCAUAAUCCUAAGUUAAGCAGCAAAUCAGUUAACCUGAAAUUCACCAGUCAUCACUGCAUUGAUGGAAAUCUAGGUGCCUCGAAGGUAGAUCGUAAUAAUUAUUUGGGCCUUGAGAAUCUUCCCAUGAGUUAUGGUUUUUGGGAUGGGAACAGGAUACAAACAGGUUUCUCAUCAUUACCUGAUUCAACCUUACUGCUGGCAAAAUAUCCUGCUGCGUUUAGUAAUUAUCCAAUGUCAUCCUCCACCAAAAUAGAGCAGCAGUCCUUGCAGACAGUUGUGAAGAGUAAUGAACGGAAUUUGAAUGGCAUAUCAGUUUUCCCAACGAGGGAUAUGAGUAGCAGCAAUGGGGUUGCAGAUUAUCAUCAGGUAUUCAGGGGCCGAGAUUGUACAAAAUUGCAGCCAUUCACAGUAGAUAUGAAGCAGCGGCAAGACCUGUUCUCUGAGAUGCAGAGACGAAAUGGUUUUGAAGCAGUAUCAAGUUUGCAAGCACCUGGAAGGGGAAUGGUAGGAAUGAAUGUAGUUGGGAGAGGGGGUAUUCUGGUAGGUGGAGCAUGCACCCCUAGUGUUUCAGAUCCAGUGGCCGCCAUCAAAAUGCACUAUGCUAAAACUACUGAUCAGUUUGGCGGGCAGGGUGGAAGCAUCAUCAGAGACGACGAAUCUUGGAGAGGUAAUGGGGACAUAGGCAGGUAGUACAUGUGCUCAGAGAGGGCCUUUUUUUUUUGAAGGAGGAAGGCUCCCUCAACCAGGCAAAUACCUUUCAUUGCCGUUCUGUAUAAUAUAGUUUUUGUAAUCUUCAAUGGGAUGAUAGGGGGAGGGGGGGAAGUGGGGGGCGGUUCUCAGAUCCGUCUUUUGGUAGGAAAAAAAAUGCCCAAAAAAAAAAGAAGGAAAAAAACAGGGAAAAGGUUCUUAGGUGCUUGUAAUUUUUGCAGCAGCUUUGUAUUUGUUGUAUUUGAUGGAAAUACAGAAAUAAUCUGUGGAAAUUUGGGAGUGGGGAAUUUCAGUCUCUGGAGCAUUCCGCCAUUUCGUCAACAAAGUCAAUCCCCCUGAGAAGUUGGUAGCGGUAGGGUUGGAUUAGGUUGUUUUGUGAUUUUCAUUUCUAACGGUUUAGCUUAAGUUUCAAAGUGCUGAAAAUUUCCUCCUUAA